CAUUUUGCCGUUCCAAUGAUAUGCAUUGGAUGUCAAAAUUUAAUCAAUAGUAGUUAUGGAACAUCGAAACUUUUAGGAGGCAUUCCGCAGUGAGAUUUUUUCGACCUAUGACCUCAACCUUUAGGCUUACAUGUGCCGUCACUCGUCAGGAAGUUUACCUGUAACGUGACAAGCUUCACGGAUACGCUAUGAGUCUUGCACAAGCCUGUGAAUCUAUCGCCAGAUCAUAAAGAUGAAAAGGUCAUCGCUGCUGUUGUCGACAGCUCUGCGGCAGCUGGUGCGACUUUCCCAAACUCGUCAUCUUGCAGCCAAGCCUCUUAAUCCAAACAAAGCAAAAGGCAAGGAAUCCCAGGCCAAACAUUUUGUGGACUUCAGGAAGGUUGAGGUGAUUGGUGGUGAUGGAGGGCAUGGCUGUAUGGCCUUCACAAGUCUCCCUCGAAAAGAGUGGGCGGGACCAGAUGGCGGGAAUGGUGGCAAUGGAGGCCAUGUUGUGUUCAAAGCUUCUGUAAACAGGAAGUCUCUGGCUGACCUUGACCCUGUGAUUAGAGCAGAGGGUGGUGUCAAAGGUCGUGCCAGACACUGCCAUGGCAAGAAUGCAGAACACUUGAUGGUAGAGGUUCCAGUUGGCACUGUUGUGAAAGAUGAGGAUGGGAAGAUGCUGUCCAGCCUGGAGGCCAGUGGGGAGUACUUUGUGGCUGCACGGGGAGGUGCUGGUGGUCAUGGUAACCACUUCUUCCUGUCCAAUGAGAAUCGUGCCCCUGCAUAUGCAGAAGCAGGUGCUGAGGGCCAGAGACGAGUUCUGCUAGUAGAACUGAAAACAAUGGCGCAUGCAGGACUGAUAGGGUUCCCGAAUGCUGGGAAGUCUACCCUUCUGCGGGCAAUCUCACGAGCACGACCAAAGGUGGCAUCAUAUCCUUUCACAACCCUCAACCCUCAUGUCGGCAUGGUGAUGUAUGAUGACUUCGAACAGAUCGCUGUUGCUGACAUACCAGGACUGAUUUCCGGCGCACAUCUCAACAGAGGUCUCGGAAUCUCAUUUCUACGACACAUUCAAAGAUGUACAUGCCUUCUAUAUGUCCUUGACCUCUCUGUUGAUGAACCCUGGAAACAGCUACAUGACCUCCAGUUUGAGCUGGAUCAGUACGAGGAAGGUCUCUCAAAGAGACCAUGCGCUGUUGUGGCCAACAAGGUCGACCUUCCUGAAGCUGACAAGAACCUUGAAGCUCUCCGAGAUCAUGUGACUCUGCCCAUAUUUGCUGUGUCAGCCCGAGAGCGAGUUGGUAUCAAGCAAUUGCUGGUACAUCUCCGAGAACUUUAUGAUACAUAUGCAGAGAAGAAAGGAACGGGGUGGUGAAGAGUAUUUAAUAUAGUUUCUGUCUUUC